AUGGUUCAGUUGAGCCAGUUUAUGAGAGAUUUCCUCUUUUUUUCUAACAUUUUUUAUUUCUCAAUUUUCUUGUCACCAGAAAAACUACUUGUACUUACUGUUGCAACACAGGAGACGGAUGGCUUCCACCGCUUCAUGCAGUCAGCAAACUACUUCAAAUUCAAUGUGAAGGUCCUGGGGAUGGGAGAGAAGUGGAAGGGAGGUGAUGUGGGUCGAUCCAUCGGUGGAGGCCAGAAGGUUCGACUGUUAAAGGAAGCCAUGGAGUCUCUGGCUGACCAAGAGGACUUGGUGGUCUUAUUUGUGGACAGUUAUGACCUCAUCUUUGCUGGUGGACCUGAGGAGAUUCUCAGAAAGUUCCAGCAGACCAAUCAUAAGCUGGUGUUUGCUGCUGAGGGAAUCAUCUGGCCAGAUUCUCGACUGGCAGAGAAGUAUCCUUCUGUCCGCAAUGGGAAACGCUUUCUUAACUCUGGAGGCUUUAUUGGCUACGCUCAAUACAUUCAGAAGAUUGUGAACCAGUGGGACCUUCAUGAUAAUGAUGAUGAUCAGCUAUUCUACACAAAGGUCUACGUGGAUCCACUUCAGAGGGAAAAACUUCAUAUGACCUUGGACCACAAGUGUGAGAUCUUCCAGAAUUUGAACGGAGCCGUGGAUGAAGUUCUCCUGAAGUUUGGGACGGAGCGAGUGCGAGUGAGAAACACUCUCUACAACAGUCUGCCAUCAAUAAUCCAUGGAAAUAUGAACACCAAGAUAUACUUCAAUUACUUGGCCAACUACAUCCCAAAUGUGUGGAACUAUGAGCAAGGCUGUACCAUCUGUGACCAAGACAUGGUGGAUUUGUCUCAGCUUAAAGAGUUUCCAAAAGUGACAGUUGGUAUAUACAUCGAGCAGCCGAGUCCAUUCCUGCCAGAGUUCCUGGAGAGGCUCCUGAGUCUAGAUUAUCCCAAAGAUAAACUGAAUGUCUUUGUCCAUAACAGUGUGGUUUACCAUGAGAAGCACAUACAGAAGUAUUGGGAAGAGAACAAGAAUGUUUUCCGCAGUUUUAAAGUCGUUGGCCCCGAGGAGAACUUAACUCAAGGAGAAGCAAGGAACAUGGGAAUUGAUUUGUGCCGGAAGGAUCUUUCUUGUGAUUAUUACUUCAGCAUCGAUGCAGAUGUGAUGCUCACCAACCCCCAGACCCUAAAACUCCUCAUCGAGCAAAACAGAAAAAUAAUUGGCCCUCUUGUCACCCGUCAUGGAAAACUGUGGUCCAACUUUUGGGGAGCCCUGAGCCUGGAUGGUUAUUAUGCGAGAUCUGAGGACUACAUUGACAUUGUGCAAGGAAAGCGUGUUGGUGUGUGGAACAUCCCCUUCAUGGCCCACAUCUACCUCAUAAAGGGCCAGACUCUGCGGAAUGAGCUCAAAGAUAAGAAUGUCUUUGUCUUGGAGAGAUUGGACCCCGACAUGGCCAUAUGCAGGAAUGCCAGAGACUUGACAGUACAGAGAGAAAGAGAAUCUCCUUCUCCGGAAUCAUUCCAUAUGCUCAGACCCCCACAGGGAGUUUUCAUGUAUGUUACAAAUCGUCAUGAGUUUGGAAGGCUUAUUUCGACUGCCAACUAUAACACAUCUCAUCAUAACAAUGACCUUUGGCAAAUAUUUGAAAACCCACUGGACUGGAGAGAGAAAUACAUCCAUCCCAACUAUACCCGAAUUUUCACUGACAACAUCUUGGAGCAGCCUUGCCCAGAUGUUUUCUGGUUCCCUGUGCUCUCGGAGAAAGCCUGUGAUGAGCUGGUGGAGGAGAUGGAAAACCUUGGUUCAUGGUCUGGUGGAAGACACGAGGACAAGCGUAUCACUGGAGGCUAUGAGAGUGUCCCGACAGAUGACAUUCAUAUGAAACAGAUCGAUUUCGAUAAGGAAUGGCUGCACUUUAUCAGAGAAUUCAUCUCCCCUGUCACUCUCAAGGUCUUCUCUGGCUAUUAUACCAAGGGCUAUGCGAUUUUGAAUUUUGUGGUGAAGUACACUCCAAACAGACAAGCCUAUCUAAGACCACAUCACGAUUCCUCAACAUUCACCAUUAACAUAGCUCUCAACAACAAGGGCUUAGAUUUCCAGGGUGGAGGUUGUAGAUUUCACAGAUAUAACUGCUCCAUAGAGUCGCCUAGAAAAGGUUGGAGCUUCAUGCAUCCAGGUAGACUCACCCACCUUCACGAAGGACUACCUACAACCAAUGGUACACGCUACAUAGCGGUGUCCUUCGUAGAUCCUUAGACUCCCACAUAGUUCUAGUAGUUCAACACUAGGAAUUUACUAGCCUUGAUAUGUUUGUGUAGUGCCAGCUGUUUGUCUGUUUAUACUUAUUUAUUCUUGGUUUAUGUGUUGUGUGGCUGUUUGUAUUUGCUGUCUUUUGAAAAAUGUACUACUGUCGAGAGAAAAUGCUGUUCCACAUAAGUUUAAUAAAGUCAACUGACGCAUACACAAACAUACCGCGCGCAUACACUCUGGCAGACUUUCAUACAUAUAAACCUUGUUUCAUUUCUCAAAAUUAUAUGAGACAUUUGACCAUCAUUUUUGUACUUAAGCAAAAAAAGAAAUCAGGUGAGGUCAGUACCUCUUCUUUUAAACAACUUUGAUUCAGGGCGUUUAGCAAUAGCAAUCAUUCUUAAUAGACCCACCAGAAAAAAAUCCUAUUUACCAAUUUGGAAAUUGUAAUUUUGAAAUGAUGUGCAUUUAAGUCAUUCUCAUUAGAAUAAAAUGGACACCAAAUUUGUCUUGUUUCUUUAACAAACCAACAAAAUACAGAAAGCUUUUUAGUGCCAGUGCAACAAAAUUAAGAGCUAAUGAUGCACAUUACUUGUGUAAUUGUUCUUUAUCUUUAAGAAAAUAAUGAUGAAUUAAUUAAUGAAAUUAUUUUCUAAGAAUGAUGCAAACUUUGAGCAAACCUGUUACACUUAUAAAUCCUAUUACUUUCUGGCGAACUUUAGGAUUCUUCUUCUUCAGCAGCACAUUAAAUGUCUAAACACUCAACUGUACCAUCAACAUUUAGAGUUAAACCUCUUUAUGACCAAUAUCAAUUUGCUCGCAUUGGGAUUCUCUAACUCACAAACCCACAACCCAGUGUGCAUUCAGGUGCUCUAAGGUCAUGAUUACCAAAGGAAGUUGGUAAAAAUGGAGGUGAGAAGUACUGUACAAAAAUCUAGAUUUCUACAAAUCAGAGAGCUGUUAGUGGCAAUGAAAUAACAUAUGACUUCAGUGGUUCUUCCAUGUAGCAGCUGACCAUGUUUUUAAAAGACAUGAAGGUAAUUUUAUAUACUGUCAACAAAAUAAGUAUAAUUUUGUAUGUUUGCACAACAAGAAAUGGCGAAAUGCUAAAGGUGUUUUUAUGAAGCCAAAUGUUUUAAUUUAUCUUGUUUCUUACAAAUGUCUCAGCCAGGUCAGUCUCUUACCCUAUUUUGAAACUUGUUGAAAUAAUAAAAUGUUUUAAAGAGAAAA